UAUUCACAGCGUAAUAUAGAAUACACUUUGAACGUCGACGCACGUCUCCCUCUGACGUCGAAUCUAUUUCGGGCACCCCAGUCUCACACUGAUGCUGAUCCAACACUCGGAAAUCCUUUGUCUUAUUUAAAGUAUAUCGGUCAAUACCUUAAUUAAUUACAAGCGUUGUUUAUAAAAGUGUUCCAAAAUGGGAAAUAUUCUCAGUGGUGCGACUAGCCAGGGUUCAAGCUCACGUGAAGCUUUAUCGAGUGAAAGUGAAACAAUGGAAAGCAAAAGUGACAUUGACGACGCUAACACCAGCGAUAAUUCCGAUGAACAAUUCCAUGAUACCGUCAGCGACGAUGAAGAAGCACGAGCAAGAUCGAAAGAAGAAGAAAUGUUAGAAUUUAGAAGACAACUAGAUAUUAAGCGCGAACAAAGAAAAGAGAUACUUGCUCGGCACAAAUCGGAUAAAAAAAGUUUGGAAGAUGCAUUAAAAGAAGAGAGGAAAGCUAAAUUAGAACUUUAUGAACAAAAUAGGUAUUUUCGUGAUUUACUUAUAAGAAACAAUAUUAACGUUCCGGAAAUUUCUCAAGAAACUGAGGAAAACUCUCUAUUCAAAGAAGCUCUAGUUCAAUUAACAGCAGAAAUGGAAAAUCAAAAAGCUUACAACAAUAGACUUAGAUGCGAUCUCGCAAAUUCGAAUGCUGCUUUACAAGCCGCAUAUUCAGAAAUGGCUGAUUUGAGCGCUCAAAAUGCAGAAUCGAUCAAGCAAAUACAUGCAUUGAAAGAGGUGAUAACUGUUAGUAAAACAAUGAUUUCUCUGCGUGAAGAUCAACUCACUGAAUUGAAAAAUAAAUUGACGGAAAUAGAGCAAUCCCUGGCAGAUAGAGAAGCAAACAUGCUGUCCACAGACCUGCGCCAAGAAUAUGAACGUCAAUUACAAAAUAUAAGAACCCUUCGCAGCCUAUAUGAGGAGAGAGCACGAUUAGCUGAGGUCACGAGACAGGCUCUCGUUAGAGAUCUUGAUGAACAGAAAGCCUUAUAUGAAGCAGAACAUGCAAGAUGUAAUGAUCUGAAUUCUGAAAUUGAAGAAAUGAAGUCAAAGAUAGUAGGACUAGAAGAAACAAUAGAAGAUAAAAACAACGAAAUAUUUUCGUGUAAAGAGGAAAUGGAUGGAAUUAAAUCUGAAAUGGCAGUAGUACACAAGCUCUUUUCACAAGUGCUCCUUGGGUAUAAAACAAAACGAGACCUAGACAAGCUUGUAAAACUACUUGAAGAGAAUCAUGGCAUUUUAACACAUAUGGCUGAACAGGAAAAUGGCUCUCAAGUCUCAUCAGCAUUGCCAAAAUUACUCUUAGAAUUAGUUAAUCAAGUUGAAGACAGUAGCAGAGAAACGUAUGAGAACAAUCUUCAAACACCAACGAAUGACGAAUCAGACAACAGCGCGCAGGGUAAUUAUAAAGCAGAAGAAAUUGUUCAAAAUCUGCCGAAAGUUUGGAGAGUUUUAAUAGAACUCCUCAGCCAUCAAUCUGACUCAAACGCGAACGAAUCAGAAGGAAAAGUAACUACUUGUUACAAAACCGUUCAAACGAAAUCGGGCCCGGUACAAGUACCUAGUGUUAGUCAGACCUAUAUAAGAUUAAAGGAUUUGAUAAUUGAGAAACUGAGUCUUAUAAAGGAAGUGAAUCGUAUGAAGCAACUUAAUACACAUUUAGAAACUCGGCUUCAGGAACAAGAGCGGCGACUUUGCUUAGUUACAACCGAAUUAAGCAAAACAUGGCAUGUUGUUGGUAGAUUACGUAAACAUCACCACCAAUUGCAUACACAUGAGAAAAUACUUAAAUAUGAAUUACAACAAAAAAGGAAACUUUUAAACGAAUUAAAAGAAGAGCUCGAAUACUGUCGGGAGAAACUCGAACAAGCGAGAGAGAAGAACACUCAAUCUGAAAGAGAUUGGAAAGAGUUGAGAGCAGAAUUUUCAAGUAGAAAAUUAAAAGAUUCCACUUCAUUAAAUAAUUCCGCGGAAAGUGGCUACAGCGAUGAGAAACCAACUGAUGAAUCAUCAGAGUCUAAUGAUGAAAGUGAAUAUAUAGCGGAAUCAAAAUUAAAGUGUAAAAAGAAAUUUAAAAAAUCCUUUGAAACUGUAGUCGAUUCAAGUGCAGAUUUCAAUUUAGCUGCUGAAAGAGAUGAUCCUGUAAGUGAUAUGAUAGAUGUAGCAGAUCUUUCUCUUGACACACAAGACGAAAAUCAAGAGAUACUUGACGAUUCAUGUAGUAGCGAAAAUUUAUUAAAAAGUGACAAAAUUUGUUAUGAAACUGAAGACGAAGCUGCCGAUAUUGGUGUUGACUCAUGUCUUGACGAAAGUUCAGUAGCAGAUGCCAGUAUAAAAUGUGAUAAAGGUAGCGAAAUGGAUGACAUGCCAGGUUCAAGUACCAUAUGUAACCUUAGUGAUAGUGAUCCUAAUGAAAAAUGUUUACCGAUAUCCCUAUCAGACUCGCAACAAUCAUCAGUUCCUUUGAUUGACCCUGCUACAAUUUUGGAUAAUAUAAAAAAGCAAAACGAAAGAUUGGCAGAAAAGGAUAAGAAAUUAAACAAUUUAGAGAAAAAUAGCUCCGAACUAAUAGACAAAGCCUAUAAACUAUCUAAAUUUAGCAAAGAAAUAAAUACCACACUCGACAAUCUUCUAAAUAAGCCGACGUCAAGUGAAAAUGGAAAUAGAAUUGAUAAAGAAGAUAAAAUCAUAAACAAGGAUCCCGACAAUUCUGAUGAUGGAUUACUAGAAACUAGUGCAUUCGCAGGCCCAUCGCAAUACAAUAUUGAUUUACCAGAAAACCCAGAAAAUAAAUUUAAAGAUAUACUGUUAAACGUCCAAAAACAGGGUGAGCAUUUGAAACUUAAAGAUGAAAGAUUGGACAAGCUGCAAAGCGAAUGCUCAGAGGUUGUAACGAGUAUUUCAAAGGCGAUUAACAAGGGACAGCAGUUGAACGAACGCUUAAACGCACUUCAUACGAAAUAUUAUGAUAAUACAGACGAAGACAAAUGUAUUCAGGAAGUAGAAUCUCAACAAUCAAAUUCUGUAGAAAAAAGUGAUGUUGAAAUUGAAACUGAAAUAGAUAAUCAACCAGUACAGAAUGUAGACACGAAUAUGAAUAACAAAUGCGAUUAUGACACCGCAACGAUUAACGCUACAUAUGACCAAUGUGCAACAAAUGAUGUACCACAAAACGAAAGUGUUGCCUGUCACAGCAUAAACAAUCAAUCAGAUGCGUCGACAUCAAACGACAUAAAUCACGAAGCCAGAUUUGCAACCAGAGAUCUACGAUUGAAACGAUUGGAAGAACAAACGAAGUCACUUGUUAGUAAAGUUAACAAAACGGCAACGAAAGGGGUAAAAAUAAAUUACAAAUUAGAAGAGUUACAUAACAUUUACGGAUCAGACCAUUCUCGAUCCGGUACGCCUUCAGAAGACACAGGUGACAACUCGCAAAGUAACGAUGAUGAAAAAGAAAACGAAACUAAAUAAUGUUCAAUAUACGGAAAAGAAAUAAAAUAUGUUUUAUUUAUAAUCUAAUUGUGUGUAAAAAUAAAUAGAAGUCUACUUUCA